AUGCAGAAACAACUGCCGACACCACCAGGCGGUCGAUCGGGGGAACCGUCGCCGCAGCGCCGCUCGAGGGAGCGACUGCCGCACAGUGGUGUCGCGGAAGCGCCCUCGAUGGGUGACGAUGACGGUGACGAGUUCGAGUUCUUCCAUGAGUUCGAGAGGGAGAAAGUGAAGGGGGUGAUCCAUGAGAUCACGGCACACUUGAAGAAAACCGCGCUAGAUGUGGAGUACCUCAUGAUCCCGUUCCGGCCAGAACAAACGAACGAGAGACUGCUGAAGUUUCUCAACGCGAUGUUCCCCUUGGGGAACGGGCAGGCCGUGGGGGUGGAGCACCAAGUGCGACUCAUCAGGAAGACGGACCCGUUUGUUUUGUUCCAGGCUUUGAAGUACGUGUGGUGCAGGCUGCCGAACGGCGAGAUCGUCGGGUGGAACGCAUACUCGCAGUUCAAGUUCAGGGAAAUCGACAGGGAGUUCCCGCAGAAGGCAUUCUUGGAGAUCAUGCCGCAGUGUUUGGACUCGCCGAACCAUGCGUCCAUAGUCUACGAUUUUUUGGACUUGAUCGUCACGAUAUCGUCCAACUCGAAAGUGAACAAGAUGAGCGCAAGGAAGAUCUCAAAGUUGUGUGCCGUUUGGGCGUUUAAUAAACCAACCCCACCGGAGGAAGAGGGGCAGCCGUCGUCAUGGGAUUUCGAUAACAGUCCCAAAUACAAAAAAAUCAACAACUCUUUCCAAGACGGGCUCGAUCAAUGGAUCCCUGCUUCCGACGCUAUGUUCCAUCUGCUGCUUGCAUUCUUGAAGAGUUUUGUACCAGAGGAUUUGGAAAGCUCGAAACUGCCCAGAUCAUUGAAGAGCAUACUUUUCAACAACGAGUACCCGCCAAAGGGGUCCACUGCAUAUUCGUCACAGACCAUUCUGACGAUACCGUUGGUUACGCUCACGACAGACCAAUUUUCGAGGAAACCGUGGCAGUUGCUAGAGAGAUGCAACGAGUUGCUAAAUUUUGAAAACUACGACGGAUUUCAAGCAAGAGAGGAUUACGUCCUCCUGAAGUCCCUGUUCAAAAAAAGGAAAAACGUCGAGGGGAUCAGUAGGAAAAUGUCGCAGGAGUCCAGACGACUAAUGAAAUUGAUGUCCACAAAACACUCGACGUUCCAGGCAGGCUGGGCGCAAAGGAAGUGUCUCCCAAACCCAGAGCACUUGAAGGAGUUUAUUCAAGUUGGGAGAGUCGAUAUCGACGAUUACUUUAUCUGGACGUGGCUCUCCACUUUAUCUUACGAGCAGACUUUGGAAAAGAAGAAAAUAUUUGGCAGGUCUCUUAUCUUAGAAUUCGAGUUCGAUGGGUUUAAAAAGUGGGUUGCUUUCCAAGAAUCAGACAUCACAUUGGCCAACUACAGCAAGCCUCAAUUGAAGAAUCCACCCAUCCAAGAGACCGAGAAGAAAGAGGAAGAAACAAUCACGAAAGCACCAGCUCCAGCAAAGACGCGAAUUGCUUCUCCGAUUUACGACCAGUUUCAGUCCGAGGUGCCGAACGUGAGUGUCACUCAAAAACCAAAGACGAAUUACUCAAAGCUGUCCGGAGCCACCUCGACACCACAGGGAAAGUUCCACACUGUUAUCAACAAGGAUGCAUUGAGCCACAAAAACAAAUCAAACAACCUGCAAGCCUUCGAACAAAAGAUAUCCAAGUGGAACCCGCUUAGUAACUUGAGAAAGAAGAGCGGGAGCGGGUCAAGCGAAAGAAGUGCUGAGUCGACUUCAUCGACAGUAGAACUAUUAAGAAAUACAUCGUCAGUGUACGACCCAACACCGGCUGCGUCUGUUAAACUUCACAACAGACCAAAGAUAAACUUGCAUCAACCUCCCAUGCCAGACCAUGAGGAGCCAAUCGCCCCUCAGAAUCACGACGUUAUGAAGCCACUUCCUCUACACGAGGAAAAUAUACCAGAGACCACGGGAUCAUUGCCGAUGGACUCAGUGAUCAAACACAGGCUAGAUACAGCCCAGUCUAAUCCUCAUAUCUCCAUAGACUUACAAUCAGACGCGUCUGCUCAAGCUGCUUUGGAGGAACUUAAUGGAAUGAUGGAACAAAUGAUGGCUGGAUCAGAUGCAAUUACAGAGGAAGAAGGAUCAAUAUCCAUGGACAGUAAAGAACAUGAAUUUGAACAAUUGACCAAAUUUGAAAAAUACAAACAAGCCGAGUUUGCCGCCCCAGAAAAUGAAACGUACAGUCCCGUAGCAUCUCUUCAAAUCCCUCCAGCAACCAGUAUAGGUGCCAACCAUGUAGGAGGAUUGAAAAAGAGUGACGUGCCAACAAGGAUGAGCAAUAUAGGAUCAGGACCCCCUAGACGGCAACUUCUCUCCGAUGAGGGCAAUGAGACGCCUGUUCCAAAUAUUAAUCAUCCGGGAAGGCAAGAAGUGAGCAGGGUAGAAUUGCCAAAAGAAUCGAAAGUUUCUUCUUUGAACGUCCCUGGGACCCUGGAGGGGGGGCAUUCAAAACUUUCACCCCAAAAUUCAUAUGUUUCACAAAACUACCAAUCACAAGAGGGGUCCCGUCAUCAUUCCAGUGAGGCGACACCCCAGGGGCCAAUUUCAUCACCACACUAUUCGAACGAGUCUGUACCAAAAUCUCAAAGGUCCUCCCCAUUGCACUCGAAAAAUCCGUUACCACAACAAGACAGAUAUUCUCCGCAAAUCGCUAAAGAGACACAGAGGUACUCACCGCAACAUGCUAACGAACAAGUUUUGCCGUUACAAAGGCUUUCCCCACAAAAUGCUGCAAAUCUUGGUGCUCACACACUGCAACCUGUCCGUUCUCCACAACAUUCACAUUCGCCAAUUGCACCAGCGGUACCAUUUAGCGCACCAGUAUAUCCACCUGGCGAGAGCAACAGAAACUCGUUACCUGCACCACCAUUACAAAAACAACCGGCACGAUACUCACCUGCUUCGCUACCACCAAAUAUUCAAGCAACGGCGUCGCCGAGAAUACCAAUGGAAGGAUAUGGGCAACAUCCUCCCAUGAAGCAUGUACAAACAGAUCUGGGACCAAGGUUGAGGGGAACCAACGAAUUUGGCGUCGCCACUGCCGGUGUUCCUCAACCGAUCGCAAGUACAGUACUGCCGCCGCCGCAACCGAAGCCGCCUGUCAUGGCGAUACCCCAUUCCACCUCGUCAUAUUUGCAGCCACCUGACCUAAACGCACCAACUUUAGUUCAUUCCGCGACCUCACCCUCCUUACAAUCACCUGGUAGAAACCAACAACCACAGAACUCACCACGGAUAAAUCAAAAUCCGAUGGGGGUCAAAUAUCCAAGAGAACGGUCGCCGCAUCAUAUCCCUGGUAACGGUCCACCACCAAGCUUUGUACCACCACAGCAGCAACAACAACCUUUACCGAACUACAAUAUCCCAAGGGAACAGGCACAGCAUCAGACGCCAGUUCUACCACCACAACAACAGCAGCCUUACUCAGCGUCACCCCAACAGUACCCACAAGUUGGGUCACCUAUCCCACCACAGCAAGCACGGAUGGGGCGCCAGCACGACCGGAACGUUUACUACCCAGCUAACGCGAACGCGAACGCUAGCGGUAACUACUUCAUGCCUCCACAACCCACCAUGAACAACAGGUACCAAUCGGCAUCGCCCAACAGGAUGACGCAAUUGCAGCAAGGUUACGCAGGGUACGUGCACAACGCCCCGUACUCUCAGGAUUCAGACACGGGGACUCCACCACCGCCUUCAACGAUCCCGAUGGCAAUGCCACACGGGAACCCCGUAGGGAUGAAACUGCACGGACAUCAAAUAAACAAGAGACAAGACAGGAGACAACUGUACGACAACAUCCGCAGCGGUAACUUUGGUAUCUGA